UCUUCACUGUCACAUUGCCCCAUUAUCUAGUCAAAAUUAAAAUUUAUAGAUCAUCAAAAAGCAAAUAAAAACCAAAAUUAGGAAAAAUUAAAAUCAAAACUCCUUUCUCUCUCAUCUUCCCUGCGAUUCUCUCUCUCAAUUUCAGGUUUUCUCUGUUUCUCCGAGAGCCUCUAAUGAUCGGCGUAUUCUCAAUAUCCUGAAGAUUUUCUGAUUUCAUCGGUGAAUGCCUUUUUGAGGUGAUAAUAGUUCGCAAAAUUUCAGGAAAUGACUUCAGUAGGCUUAGCACCUGUAUCCGGUUUGAGAGAAUCCAGUAGCCAUAGUGUUGGUGUAGAUAGGCUGCCUGAGGAGAUGAAUGACAUGAGAAUCAGGGAUGAUAAGGAAAUCGAAGCAGCUAUUGUGGAUGGUAAUGGGACUGAGACAGGCCAUAUAAUAGUGACAACUACUGGUGGUAGACAUGGUCAGUCAAAACAGACUAUCAGUUAUAUGGCUGAACGUAUUGUUGGACAAGGAUCAUUUGGAGUAGUUUUCCAGGCAAAAUGCUUAGAGACUGGUGAAACUGUUGCUAUCAAAAAGGUUCUUCAAGACAAGAGAUAUAAGAACCGGGAGCUGCAGACCAUGCGUCUUCUUGAUCAUCCAAAUGUUGUGUGCCUGAAGCACUGCUUCUUUUCCACAACUGAGAAGGAUGAAGUAUAUCUUAAUUUGGUUCUUGAAUACGUCCCUGAAACUGUCCAUCGCGUUAUUAAACACUACAAUAAGUUGAAUCAAAGGAUGCCAUUGAUACUAGUGAAGCUUUAUACAUAUCAGAUUUUCAGGGCGUUGUCUUACAUCCAUCACACAAUUGGAGUGUGCCACAGGGACAUAAAGCCUCAGAAUCUUUUGGUGAAUCCACAUACUCACCAGGUUAAAUUGUGUGACUUUGGAAGUGCUAAAGUUCUGGUUAAAGGAGAACCAAAUAUUUCUUACAUCUGCUCUAGGUAUUAUAGAGCGCCUGAACUUAUAUUUGGAGCAACAGAGUACACUACUGCUAUUGACAUCUGGUCUGCUGGCUGUGUUCUAGCUGAGCUACUUCUUGGGCAGCCUUUGUUUCCGGGUGAAAGUGGAGUUGAUCAGCUUGUUGAGAUCAUUAAGGUCUUGGGUACUCCUACCAGGGAAGAAAUUAAAUGCAUGAAUCCAAAUUAUAACGAGUUCAAAUUCCCCCAAAUUAAAGCUCAUCCGUGGCACAAGAUAUUUCAUAAGCGCAUGCCUCCAGAAGCUGUUGAUCUGGUUUCAAGACUACUGCAGUACUCACCUAACUUGCGUUGCACUGCUUUAGAGGCAGUGACCCAUGCCUUCUUUGAUGAGCUUCGUGAUCCUAAUACACGCCUCCCAAAUGGCCGUGUCCUUCCCCCCUUGUUUAACUUUAAGGCCCAUGAGUUAAAGGGUGUGUCUGCAGAGACUCUAUUGAAGUUGGUUCCGGAGCAUGCCAGAAAACAGUGCCCGUCCCUUGGUUCAUGAGUUCCCACUGUACGGUAGAUAUAAUUUAAGUGUAAGCUAUGUUAUUUCUCUGUAUCCAUUUUUUCCCCUUUGCUCCCCACAUGUAUCAGUUGUCUCUUUGUAUUAUUAUCCUAUUUUGUAAAAGCAGAGGUAGGAGGUGCUCUUUAACAUUCCUUACCUCCCAACAUGUGUUCCUUUCACCCUGUUCCUUUUAUGUCCUACAGUUGUAACUUUUAUGUGGUUCAGGAUGGGCUGCUUUCUGAAUGAACUACUAUUAUUUUAUGAUGAAAUUUGGGAAAA